GUUCAUGUCAAUAUGAAAAAGCCUUAGCUGAAAACGACGCUGAUUUGGGAGAACGUUUUGCAUCAUUUGAUAUAGCAAGUGAGGGAGUCAAAAGUUCGAUCUUGCCUGAGGGUUUCAAUUAUGUUCCAAAGUCCAAUCGGAAACUGCCCCAGUCCGAUGCCUCCUCCCCAUCUUGUUUUCGGGUUUUAGAGUUUAUUCCAGAAGGAAAAAUCACGAUACAGCAGGCCGUAGACAUGAUAAGGUCUUAUCAACUUGAAGGAAAGACGGUGUUCCAACUCGCUGAGGACUAUGACCCUGAUAAAUCCAUGGUUGCCUCUGUAUGUAGAUAUUUUGCAUUGUUUGAACGUGACGACUCCGACGUUUGGGUACCACCAAGAGGGUCAAAGGAUACGAAGACUCUACUUGACACUCCUAUAUACGAAGAAGACGAGCAAAUAGCAGAUGAGGGGACUUCUCGUCGUCUUCGGUUGCACGUACCCAAAUUUACUUUGGACCAAUGA